AUGGAUUUUGUUUCAUCGAUCACGCUUGCCAAGAUUACAAAUAACAACAAUGUUAUAGUCAACCUAGAUAACCAUAUUCUGGUCAAUACUCUCAAGGCUCUGUUUGGAGGGUUGUUCAAGAAGGGCAUGCAUUCCGAGCUGACAUACAUGCUAUCCAAGAUCAUGUCACAACUGCAGAGCAACCUGGAGAACAAAGAAGCCUAUGACAUUGUUCUCUCUGAGCUGCUCUUUGCUCGUUAUUCGGACUAUGACUUGUCAGUUGAGACUGUCAGAUGGUUCUGCGAUACCUUUCCUAAUGCUGGACACAUCCCAACAGACAUCGUCCUCUGUCUUGCGGCAUCAGCUCUUCGCCGUGACGUUGCACUGUUCUUUCAAGCGUUGGACCACUAUAAGAAGUACGAGCGGGAUGUUAUAGCAUAUCUCCCCAUGUCUCUGUAUCUCCAACCAUUUGGCAGACCUGACGAGACAUCUGAGACACUCCUGUUGCUUAUUCACCGAUAUAAGUGCGUUAGACGCCUCCACCUAUACCCCAUCAUUGGGAAACUGCUCCAACAACACAAGAAACCUACACUUGUCGUUCAGAACGUACUGAGAAUGGAGAAUCGAGGUCGACGCAAGAUUGAAUUCCAUCUCGAGAUUGCCAAGCAUGCCAAUUACAACAUUCUGCAAUAUCUCUCCUACGUAUUUCCAACUAGUAUCCCCAGGUACCACGAUGAUGUAAACGACCCACUCUGCGAAGCAGCCUCACAUGGCAACAUUGACUACCUCCGCCACGUCGUGAAUGAUGCAUGCAAGCACGACAAUGGCAAGAAGGUAUCACGUCAGUUGCUAGACAUUGCCUUGCGUAAUGGCCACUUUGAGUGCGCACACUACAUUCUGGAUAACUAUAGUCAAUGCCUGAGAAAGGGUGAACGAUGGAUGGUUUACGAAAUCAGCUUGGACCAAGGAGAUUGUAUCGAAAUGACAAAGACCAUGCUGGAGAAUAUAGACAAGGUAGCAUGCAGUCUACGCAUUCAUAUUCUCAAUGCCAACAGAUUGGAUGUCAUUCAACUGCUUCUCGCCAGCAAGCCCUCAAACCAAGAUUUGAACCUCAACCUUGGUCCUACAUUGCGUGCCGCCAUCAUACAUCAGCACAUGGAUAUCAUUGACCUCAUUGUUUCUCAUAAUCCCCAAUGCUCGAUUAACCUCAAUGUCGAAGAGUUGUCUUGUUUGAGUGUCGACAACCAGCGCAGGCUUCUCUCACUCAAAGUUCUCAAACUUCAAGUAGGUGUAUCCAUUGAUCAUUUAAGGGCUGCUAGAAUCAAUUCUACCCUUAACAACACUAUCAAACUACUUGUUGAACAUGGACACCAAUCAGCCAAACUCCUCAGGAGCCUGGGAAGAAUUUGA